AUGAAGGAUACUGGGUUCAAGAUAAGUAGUCGUUUCAGAGGGGACAUUCUGUUGUAUCUUCACAUCCUGUUCCUGGCUUGCAUUUAUAGUCCAUUGUGCGGACUGAUAUGCCGGCUUCGUCAUAUAGAAAAAUUGGAAAGCAGGGAAGCUGAAGCAGAAAACAAGUUUGAUGACCACAAAAGAGCUCUUUUACGAAAGAAAAUUUUAUUUACUAGCCCUGGUGCAUACACUUUGUCUCCUUUUAAGACAAGUUUUAAGCUGCGAAAAACACCGCAAACUUUGUCUCGGUCUGGCAGUGAACUCAGUGAACGACAGAUAUGUCCCGAGCAACCGUCAUUUAGUGUCGGCGAUAAAAAGAAACCAGAGUUUACAUCCAGUUUUACUCGACCUAUACAGUACUAUAAAUUUCUAACGCCCGAUAUACAAGAAUCUAGUAGGUCAGAGAACGGAUUUUUAAGAAGAACGGAAUUUACUGGGCAGGAAAGCGAUCAAACAGAAGAAAAGAUUUUUGUGGAAAAAAGUGGUACAAUCAGUGAGGGUCCUCUAACUGAGAACGCUGAAAAAGCAAGGGAUGAUUCUUUGGGAACAUUUAAUAUGUCAAGAACGUCUGAGUUCAACAUUGAAAAAGAUGUUUCUAAUGAAAGCAGCAGCCUCAUAAGUAAAAUAAACGAAGAAAAAAGAACUGUUCCAGUUUUAUCAGUUGAGACCUCGCUGAAAGACAGCGAGAAAAUGCCUCGUCUAAAGUUAUCAGAAAUGGAACAGGAUUCGACUAAAUUGAGUAGUACAAGGCUACCUCCUGGUAAAACCGUAACCAAGCCAGCUAGGUUUUCGACAGAACCAGUGUUUAGGUGUUUAGACAGCGAAUAUAAUAGACGGCCACGAGGUUUUGAUGCUAUAAAAUCACUGCUAGAGGGAGACCUGGAAAAGUCCUUCUCCACAAGUACAAUGGCAGCUGAAAAAUAUAGAUCGCUUGACAUUGAGCCAAUGCAAAGAUUUGAUUGGGAAAUACCGGAUUGGCUUUUCCUGAAUGAGCGAAGAAAUUCGGCACCUGUUGUCAAUGAACCUCUAAGAAGAGAUAGCGAAUCUAAAAGCCCAAUCAGUAGAAAAAUUGAUUCCGCAAUUGAUCGAAUACAUAACAUUACGACCAAAAUGUCUGAAACAUUAAAUCGUUUCAAACUGAUCUCGACAGUUAUCUCCGAGAGUUCCGGAAAAAAUAAUAAAACAAAAACUGCAUUUUUGAGCGUUUGGGAUGGCGAAAAAGACUUGUUUACUAAAGAUGCCUCAACGCCGAUUAAAGGAGAGUACGAUGAAGUUCCGUUCUAA